AUGGGUCUCUGGGAGUCCUCCUUGGCACCCCCAAUGCCGGACCACGGCCACUACACCGACUUGUUGACUUUUGCCUUCCACGGCCCGACUCGCUAUGAUGAGACGCGACCGUUGCUCAUUGACGCCGAAGACCCUUCGCGAUGGCUCAGUGCACAGCAUUUUCGUCUCCUGGUGCGCACCCUGAUUGCAGGUCUGAAGGCGCACCAUGUGCAACGGGGCGAUUGUGUGCUGGUCCACUUGGGGAACAAUAUCAUAUACCCCGCACUCUUUUUCAGCGUUAUCGGCGCCGGCGGUGUGUUCAUGGGCUCCAACCCGCGCAGUCAACCUCAGGAACUCGAGCAUAUUCUGCAAUUGGCAGAACCCAAGCUGAUCAUCACCUCGCGCGAUGCCCUCCCCACCGUCCUCAAUGUGUCGGCCACCCGCGGCAUGCUCCCGAGCCAGGUGGUCCUGCUGGACGAGUCCGCCCCGGACCACAUCACGAACCUCCUGCUCGCCGGUCCUCUGGGCUAUGCUGCAGCUAACGCGCCAUACCUGCCGACCGCCGGUGGGCCGGACCCGGGCUUUCUCAACUUCGCGCACCUCCUUGCCUACGGCGAGAACGACUGGGUCUCGUUCAAUAGUGCGGCCAUUGCAAAGGCCACGCCCGCCGCCAUGUUCUCCACCAGCGGUACCGGGGGUCUUCCGAAGGCCGCCAUCCUCUCGCACCACGCCAUCAUCUCCCACCACCUCAGUAUCCAUUAUGAUGUCCCCUACCAUGUGACGCGGCUGCUGUCGCUGCCCAUGUUCCAUCUCUUCGGCGCCCUCUGGGCGCACAUCCAGCCCAUCCGCUACGGCCAGCCGCUGUACGUGCUGUCGCGCUUCGACCUGACGCAGUUUGUCUCGGCCGUCUUCCAGUACCAGAUCACCGAGACGUACAUGGUGCCGGCAAUGAUCCACGCGUUCAAUCGCUGCAACCUGCCCGUGGCGGACUACAUGGCGUCGCUGCGCUACGUGGGCGUGGCCGGCGCACCCAUCGACGGCGCCUCGAUGCAGCAGUUCGGCGAGCUGCUCCACCCGGGCGCGCUCGCCGCCCAGCUCUGGGGCAUGACGGAGGUGGGCGUGAUCUUCCAGAACCGGUACGGCGAGCACGGCCACGCGGCGAGCAUCGGACGGCUGCUCCCGGGCUACGACGUGCGAUUGGUCGGCCAGGACGGUCGCAUCAUCCUGGACCAGAACCAGCCCGGUGAACUCUACGUGCGCGGGGACGGCGUCCUGACGGGCUACAAGGGCCGCAGCGACGCAAAGGAUGCGCAGGGGUGGUUCCGCACCGGCGACGUGGCAUACGUGAGUAACGGGCUGUACUAUAUUGUCGGACGGACCAAGGAGUUGAUCAAGGUCCGAGGAUGGCAAGUCGCACCAGCCGAGCUGGAAGCGGUGCUCCUCCAGCACCCCGGUAUCGAAGACGCCGCCGUGACCGGGGUCACCUCGCGCGACGGCAGUACCGAGGUGCCUCGAGCAUUUAUCGUGCGCGCCAAGGGGCCGGCGGGCAGCCGGCUGACGGCGGAAGAGGUGUACCUGUUCUCGCGGCGGCGAUUGGCCAGCUACAAGGCGCUCGACGGCGGGAUUAUUUUCGUCGAGGAGAUCCCGCGCACGGCCAGCGGGAAAAUCCAACGGUUCAAGCUGACGCAGAUGAACACCUACCGCGAGAUUGUGUCGUCGCUGCUAGCGCGGUUCAAGGGCGCUAGUCUCCACGGGGUGGGCUUGAUGCACCAGGGGCGCAUUCCUCGUGUAACUAGCUAA